UUACUAAAACUUCCCCAUUUAUUAUAUUAUUAUUAAUAAAUAAAUUUGUUUUCAUGAGUUGUCCGGUGUUGUCCUCUUGCAAACGUGGGUGUGUUUUUAAAUAAAUGCAGUUAUCAGCGUUGAACAAGAACUCUUUGCGAGUCAUUUAAACACUCCGAAGCUGAAUAAACUCACAACAAAUCGAUCUUGCACUGCUUUGCAGUCACAAUCCGUGGAUUUAUCAAAGCAUGCAGCGUGUGAGUUUCCCCGGCGGGUCAGUUGCUUUGACAACACGGGAAGCCGUUGUGUGUUUAUGCUGUCGUGGGUCUGUUUCUACAACACAAGAGUGAAUCAUUGGGGACCAAGAGCCUCACAUCAUCUAAUCACUUGAGAGCUGAAGAGGAAAUAAGGACACUUGUGCUACAUAUGUAGUGAUCAGGAUGAACCCUCCAUCAUUAGGGCAGUCAUCUGCCCUGUUCCCCAAUCCGGAGCCUGCAGCUGGGGGUGCGAAAGCCUCUGUCCUCCUGGGUGGCUCAGCAGGGCUCACCAGCUCUGACAUGGAGCUCCAGAAAAUGCUCAUUGAUGAGAGAAUGCGCUGUGAGAAUCACAAAACCAACUAUCAGACCCUGAAAGUCGAGCAUACCAGGCUGCAGGAUGAAUAUAGCCGGGCACAGAAUGAACUAAAACGGUUGCUCAGUGAUCGGCAAGUGGCUCAGGAGAAACAGCAGCUGCUUUUGGCAGAAUUAAGAGGAGAAAUGCUGGAUAAAACACGUGAGCUGGAGGAAAUCAAACUGCAGGUGCUGACCCCUCAGCGACUGGAGCUUUUGAGAGCACAGGUGCAGCAGGAGUUGGAAGCUCCAAUCAGGGAACGUUUCAAUAAACUCCAGGAGGAAGCUGAGAAUUACAGAUCAGAGUACAACAAAGUUCGGUAUGACCUCACUUUCCUCAAAUCUGAGUUUGAUCACCAGAAAGAGGAACAUGCUCGGGUUCUAGAGGAGAGGCGAAUGCGACAUGAAGCUGAUGUGGCGCGUCUUGAGCGCGAUAAGGAAGAUUUGGCUGCUCAGCUUCAGAGCGGAGACCCGGCACGGGAUGGAAAGCGUGUGGAAGCUCUGCUAAGGGAGAAAGCUCAGCUUCACCAGCGCCUCAGAGGCUUGGAGGCCGAAGUUACCGAACUCAGAGCUGAGAGAAACAACUCGGGCGCUCAGGCCGAAAACGUGCAGCGGAUUCAGAUCCGACAGCUAGCUGAGUCCAAGGCUACAGUGAAGGCUCUGGAGGCAGAGAAGCAGUCUAUUCGUAUGCAGUUGGACCGGACAGACAGUGAACUCUGUCUAUCUCAGGAACAAAACACUGUCCUCACGGGCAAACUACACAAAGCUGAGAGAGAAAGUAACUCACUUAAAAGUCAGGUUGAAGAGAUGAAGCACGCUCAUAAGCUGGAGCUGAGUAAUGUAAAACUAGAGUGUGUUCGAGCCAAAGGAGAGAUUGAAAGGGAGAGAGAUACACUUCACAGCCAAGUGGAUGGUCUCCAGUCAGAUGUUGAGGUGCUAAAGGCCACUUUAGAGAGAAAUAAAGACUUGUUGUCUGAAAAAGAGCGGGAGAUGGUUCGCAAAGUUCAGGCAGUGAGAGAAGAGGAGAUACACAAGAUGGCCGCCCUUCAGGAAGAGAAGCUGGAGCUGGAGAAUCGUUUAUCUGAGCUUGAAAAGCAGAGAGCUCUUCAAGAGGCAUCAGGAAACUCUCAGAAAGAAGAGUGGGAGGAGCGUCUUCGUGCCGCCCAGUUGGGGGAGGAGUCUGCACGUAAAGAGAUGCAGAACCUGAGAGCUAAAGUUCAGCAGCAGAUUCAACAGUUGGAGGAGCUGGAGACCCUGAAAGCUGAAAAUACAGAUCUGAGACGACAAAGCGCCGAACUGAAUUUACAAAUCGGAAGUCUCUCUCACUCUGAGAAUGAGCUUUUAGAAACCAACAACAGGUUGAGAGAAAGUCUUGAGCGGGUGAGAGAGGACCUGCGGAGUGCUCGCACACAAAUGGAAAGGACCCAGCAGGAGGCCGAGAGGCUGGUGGAGGAAAGGCGAGUGGAAUGGUUGGAGGAGAAGCAUAAACUACAGGACAGAGAGGCAGAACUGAGGGAAAAAUACAGUCUGGCUAAAGAGAGACUGCAGAGGGCAGCAUCUGCUCAGAAGAAGAGGAAGACCAUGAAUGAACUUAAAGAGAAGAAACUUCAAGAGAAAAUUCAUCUCCUGGAAGCCAAAAUAGCAGAACUUGAGAUAGAAGCAAGCGCAGCACAAAAAAAACCAUCUUACUCUGAGGAACAUGCUCAGCUCAACAAGCGUCUAAAGGAGCUCCAGAAGAGACACAACGAAUUUCGUCGUCUGUUGCUGGGUAAUCAGAUGACCUCCACCCCCUUGGCCCCGUCCCUCUUUAUCCCAGCAGAGUCCAUCUUCUCAAACAUACAGGAGGAGCAGCACCAGAGGGAGCUCUCUGUUCUUCGAAGACGCUUGGAAGACCUGGAAAGUAGUCAACAACAGCAGAUGGAGGAGCUGGCUCCUCCUUUGGACAGGGAGAGAGACUCCAAAGCCCACGGGACACCCUUACUGACAUCUGACCUAUCGUGACCACAACACGUGCUACUACAUUCACCCUGUGCCAAAAAUCUCACAUAAUGCAUCACGUUUGUGAGGUUGUCUUUGAUCAAACGGUGCUUUACAACCUUAAUAUCAGAUGUUUUUAUAAAAAGCUGUUGCAUUAUUUAUUAUUUGUCUGUGGUAUUUUAUCAACUGUAAGCACCUUUUAAAGUUUACAUAUAAUUUGUGGCUUGUGUUGUUGUUGUCUUCCACAAAUGUAGUAAUUGAGGAAGUUUGCUGGAAUAUUUACAUAUCGAAAAUAGUCAAUAACAAACCUCAAAAGCCAUCUUUUAGAUCUUUAUAAGUCCAGAUGUGCACAUAAUGUUGUUGUUGUUGUUUUUUUAAACUUUGGUCUAAGUAUCAAGUUUUAAACUUUUUUGUAAAUUUAAAUCUUGAUUUUAAGUGCUUUUAAUAAAGAGCUUAGUAGUCAAA